GAAGAGAACGGUGAGGGACCAUCAACAAAGUCGUGCCCAAAUAAAUGCACGCCCUCCUUUUCAAUAUAAGCAUGCUUGUGGUGCUUUUUCCUGACCACUUCAGCAAAUGGUAAAACAUAAGUGUACUGGUGUAGACGAAGAAUUCUCGUUAAAUCUUACACCGACUGUUACCAAAAAAAUAGCACGAGACCAAAGAGAUUCAAUGAGGAGCAAACACAUGCCGUACGCUCAGGUGACCAUGGCAGUCCGGUACAAUGGUUUGUCACACUGCAAGAUUGCUCUGGUGUUUGCAGUGCUGAUGGACCUAAUGGGGGCAACGGCCUUGCUCUUGGGAGUUUUUGCCCCCCUGGAGAUAAAGGGCCGGGAUUUUGGGGACCUGCUGGUGUACUCUGGGGCCUUGCUGGUCCUCAUGUCACUUGGGGGUUGGGUCAUGUGGUACAGCGGCAACAUUGAAGGCCUGACCUCACGCAAGGAGCUGGGGCACAUUGGGACUGCCGUGGACCGGCUGGCUCGAACCCUUAGCCGCAGGAUACGGACACACCGGGUCCACACUGGGGCCUAGGCCUGGACAUGUGCGAUGGCUACAAAAAGGAUGAAAAGACUGAGUUUCACCACUGCAAGCCAGACUGGCACACAUGAAAAUAUUUAGGUUUGAGCAGGAAACCUUCAAUCAACAGUAUUGCAAAUCACUUCGUAGAACCUUUUCCAAGAGGCACAAGUGAACACACCUUUGUAUAUAUAACUGUAGUACUAGUGUGAAUGUAAACCUGACUAUCAAUAGUUGCUUUGGGUAUUAUGUUCUGCUAAAAUAGAGUAUUUGCUUCUGACUAAAGUUUUUAUAAUUCAUGUGUAAUAUAAAACACUACAGUUUUGACUGUGAAAUGUAUUUCAAACUUUGGGCGUUUUAUUUGUAUAAAUAAAUAAUUGAAAGUCAA